AUGGCAGAGCUCAGUGCCGUGCAUGCGCAUGGGGAUCCUGGUAGCUUUCGGGACUUAUCGCAGCCGGAGAUGCAGAAGCUCGUGGCUGAUGAUGUGGAGCUGUUUCUGCUCACAAGUCCUUUUGCAAGCCUCGUGAACCACUGCUGGCAGCAAGACUGGUCUUCCAUGCAGGCUGAGGUGGCGCUGUACGCCUGCUUUGACAUCAACCAGGCCGAUCCCUCCAUUGGCCCAAACUCCAGCGUAUCCUGCACUGUGAACUGUCUGCUCUUCUGCUCUGCCUGGUACAAGCAUCCGAAUCCAGACUUCAUAUGUCGUUGGCUGGAACAGCCGUGGGACGAAGCGCCGGUGCUGCGGUCCCUGCUGAAAGAAGGUGCUGCUCUCAUGUCUGAAUACCUUGCAGUCGUCCGUGAGCGACAACAGGCAGAGUUGAACAUUGAGCUUGACAUGUACACUUUGCCCGAGGAAGUGCAGCAUGAGGUGCUGCACGGGCAUUUGCGGGACAGCCCUCGAUGGAACUGCCUCCGGCCCUUUCUGACAGAUGCGACGUUCUCUCACAUAGCAUGCGGUGUGAAGCUGCAAGAGGCGACAGAGUUGGCACUCGGCCACAGGCUGUCCCUCACACGACUGCAGUCAGCCGCCUACUUUUUCGUCUGCAACCACAAGUCCUUCGUGGUCGUGGGCUGUGGUCAUCAGAGCUCUGGUUGUGCCUUGCUUCUCUUUGACAGCCACGGCCUGAGUCUGCAGGCCACGGAAUGCUCGGGCUCGGCUUUGUGCCGUGAUGCUGAACAAGUUCUCGAGUACCUUUGCCGGCAUGGCGAGCACUCCCUGUAUGGCCCAAACCAGGUGACCCAGCUCUAUGCCUCUGUCUUCGAAGGCACGGCAACGUCGUGCCAAGCCUGCCGUGCCCCAGCGUCAGAACUUCUGCGAAGUGUGCGAAGCAUGACAUCCCGGCCGGGAGACGGUGCAGGCUUAUCUGUGAAGCCAGAGGCAGCGCCUACAUUCGGCAUGCCUUUGUCCAGCUGCUUCCCCGAGAGCCUGAUCGUCCUGGAGCCUCCCUCGGAGAGCCCUGUAGGCACCCCGCCCAGGAAGGUGCCUCGUGUUGCCGGCUCAGAGACCACUCAUGCUGCUUCAGAGGCGCUCGUGAAGAAGGAGGCUGCUGACAGCAACAUGGACAUUGACCCACCUGAGUUUCAGGAGGCAGCGACGGAGGACGUGAAGAUGGAGGUGAAGACCGAGCCGGCUUGCGAUGGCGAUGCCGAUGAAGAGGUGCCCCUGACUGCUUUGGUUGGGCAGCCUCCUGCAAAGCUGAGCGGUGCUCAGGCGAGCAAGAAACCCACCAAGGAGGAGAAGCUCCUGCUGAAGAAAGCUGAUGCCAUGCUGGCAGCCUAUGGUACUGGUUUCCCAGCUUGGUUCAAGGUCCACUCCUUUCACGGGGUCAAGGGCCACUGGAACCAGUUCAAGCUCAAGCUGGCAGCGGACUCCAUUGGUUCGCUGGGUUGCAGGUCCUGCUCUACCUUCUUCCGUUCCCUGGAUGCCAGCAAGGUCCAGCAGCAACAGCAGCUGGUGGUGCCCAGCGAGGGCGAUGAGGUCCCGGCUGGCGAGGUGGUGCUCCUGGAUCCCGCCGCUCUGAAACCACAACAGCCUCGGAGCAAGAUCACCGGUGCUGAGCGCCUGGAGGUGCUCAAGAGGGAGGAGGGCGUGGGCCCUGUUCCGAAAGGACGGCGAUCAAAGACGUCGGUGCUUCCUCUCUGGAUGCGUUUGUGGGAUUGGGUCAAAGAUAGGAGGAGCGACGUGUACAUCCACACCCAUGCUCUCAAGUUUCAUUGCACCCUCUGCGAGGUUGAAGUCGACGCAAAGCGAGACUCCACUAUCCAUUUCCUGCUGCAGCAUGAAUGCUACGACAUGCAUUGGACCCGGGCCCACCCGGAUGAGAUACCGAGGCAGUGCCGAGGUGUGAAGAUCAUCCCACGAUCCGAGUCCAGCCAGGAGUAUCACAUCGAGACGUGCACCCGUUCGCUGCAAGUCUGGAUGGGCCUGGACUUUCCCUGGUCUGGCCAGCAGUCCCUCCCGCAUGGCUGCUACAUGGAGACUGUGGACUCCGAGGUCAUCUGCUGGGUGCGAUGCCGGCCCUGUCAAACGAGCCCUGCCGUGCUGCAGCCGGGCGAGGAUGCUUGUGUGAACUGCCGAAAGCUCGCAAACAAGGAGGCCUUCGCAUCCAAAGUAGCCUCAUGGGUUUACCUAGUGGACUUGCUGUGUCUUCUGCAUGCAACAUAUGCUGCGGUUCGGAAGGAAAGGAGGGAGGCACUCCAGGCCCUCGGCAGUGCAGACUAUCGUCGAGUCCUGAGUUGCCACUCGGUGGCCCAGCUGGAAACCAUGACGUGGCCGGAGCUGCACCAAGUGGUGCGACAGCAGGCCCCAGUGACGACACCGGCAGCCUUUCAGAACUCUGCGGCGCUGAACCUCCUCAGAACCAGGUUUCAGUGGCUCCCGACCACUGUCAACAAAGAUGCCAUCAACAAGCUGGACCGUCAGCACUUGCAAAAACAUCUCGAGUUCCUAGUCGGGCAAGAGACCGAGGCCGGGUUCACGUGCAUGCUCUCCGAAGAGUUGCGGCAGGGCAGGCUCGACAGCAUGGAGUGCUGCCGAGUCCUCAUGAGUUGCUUAGCAACGCGACUCAGGCUGCUGUCGGCGAACCAGAAGCGGCUGACAACAAGCCACGUCCAAGGCGUCACGGACGCCCAGCUCCAGGACGUCGGCUUCUUUUUGGCAAGCAUCAGCAGCACCAGUCAGUUGAUGGAGCUCUUCGGUCUGAAUCCUCGCGAGUUGAACAAGCCGCCAUCGUUCGACGAAGCCUUGCCGGAUUUUUUCUGUGCCUCCGCCGAAGAGCCGGAGCAAGCAGGCAUGAGGUCGACCCUGUUCCGCAACCUGCAGACGACGAUCGGGAUCCUGGGUGUGGCCCAGUCGCGGUCCUGGGUCUUGUCCUUCGACGAGACUGUGACGUGGCCGGCCUACGGCAUCUACAACAGUCGCAGCCACGGGCGCUGCUAUGUAGGUGGCGGGGAUGAGAUGUCCAUGCUGCCAUGCUCCGAUCACUAUGCGAGCGACUUGAAGAAGGAAAACCUGGCCCAGUGUGUCUUUGCAGUUCUAGUGAAGCGGGUGGAGACCUUCCGCCACCCGUACUGCGUCCUUCUCCAGCCGAGACGCCUCAAGGCCAUCACGAGCCAGAGCAAUCUCUGCAAGAUCGGCAAACUGUGGGAGCUGGCUGCCGAGUGUAACGGUGGCAUUCCGCCACUUGCGAGCAGCCAUGACAACGCCACGACGCAGGUGGUGUUCAGCGAGGUGAUGCUCGGCCUGGUUCCGCUGGAGCGUUUGGCGGAUGUUCCGCCUCCCGACUGCUGA